GCCGCCGGAGCGGAGCAGCCGACGGAAGGCGCUCGGCAGCGGCCGUGUCGGCAGGGGAAGGGUCCCCGCAGCCCCGGGGGGUGCCCCCAGCAGGGCCUUGGGGGGCACGGGGGGGGCCCACCAUGGCCUUCACCAUGCUGCGCCCCGUGGCCGCCCGUGUGCUCUACCCCGACCUCAGCAUCCUCUCGGAGGACGAGGAGAACCGCAGCGAGAGCGACACGUCGGACCAGUCGUUCGGCUGCUGCGAGGGGGCCGAGGCUCGCCGCAAGCUGCCCCGCAAGCCGGGGCCCAUGGUGAUGGUGAAGCAGAGGCAAGCGGCCAACGCGAGGGAGAGGGACCGGACCCAGAGCGUCAACACGGCCUUCACCGCCCUGCGGACCCUCAUCCCCACCGAGCCCGUGGAUCGGAAGCUGUCCAAGAUCGAGACCCUGCGCUUGGCUUCCAGCUACAUCUCCCACCUGGCCAACGUGCUGCUGCUGGGCGAGGGCUGCGAGGACGGGCAGCCCUGCUUCAGUGCCAUCUAUGGGGCCAAGGGCGACCUGGACAGCAAACAGCCCCGCAGCAUCUGCACCUUCUGCCUCAGCAACCAGCGGAAAGUGGGCGGCCGGAGGGACCUCGGGGGCAACUGCCUGAAGGUGCGGGGGGUGACCCCACUGCGGGUGUCACGGAGAUGAACCGGGGCCCGGCAGCACCCGCCUGACACAGCGGCAGCGCCAGAGACCGCAGCGGGGAGGGAGGGAGCCGGAGCCCGCGAUGGCGGCAGGGCUGGCACCGGCACCGGCACCGGCAGUGGGGUGCAAGGACGCUCCUGGGGCCGAGGCUGCCGGAGAUGGGGACCCCAUGCUCCAGGGCUGCAUUGGAAGGGGCGCAAUGGGGCCGGCGUCGAGCGCUCCGGGCUGGGCACACGGUGCCGACCGCGGCCCCGCAGCGCUGGUUCUGCUCCGGCAGCGCAUGGAA